AUGGAGCUUGUAAAUCGGGACACUUCUCUUAAGGUGAAGGUUAUCAUCGCUCAUGUUGUUGAGAAAUACAGGUAUAUCAUAUCAUACAAAAAGGCAUGGAUUGCAAAGUGUAAGGCAAUUGAGUCGCUAUAUGGAAAUUGGGAGACAUCUUACAACGAUAUUCCGCAGUGGAUACUGGUAAUGAAAACAUAUCUACCAGGUACCAUUAUAGAAUUACAAUCCUUACCUGUGAUUUCAAAUGAUGGUUCAUACUUGGGUGACCAAAGGAUAUUUCAUCGUCUGUUUUGGGCGUUUAGACCAUGUAUACGUGGUUUCGCAUAUUGUAAACCAAUUGUGCAGGUUGAUGGAACUUGGUUGUAUGGCAAGUACAGAGGGACUCUGUUGAUGGUUGUGGCACAGGAUGGGAACGGGAACAUAUUUCCGAUAGCAUUCGCAUUGGUUGAAAGUGAGACAAAGGAAGCCUGGAGUUUCUUUCUUAAGAAUUUGAGAAUGCAUGUUACUCCCCAAGCAAAUCUAUGCAUAAUAUCAGACACGCAUGAAUCGAUGAAGAGUGCAUACAACAACCCGGAAAAUGGAUGGCAGUUUCCUCCUUCAUCACACGUCUAUUGCAUUAGACAUAUCGCGCAAAACUUCGUGCGCGAGAUUAAAGACAAGGAUCUGCGGAAAAUAGUUGUUAACAUGGGUUAUGCGUUAACAGAGGCAACAUUUAAUUACUAUCGGGGGGAAAUCCGAAGAACAAACAACGACACUUUAUCAUGGAUAGACAACAUCCCUCGUGAGAAGUGGGCAAGGGCAUUUGACGGAGGGCAACGCUGGGGUCACAUGAUAACUAACCUAGCUGAAGCAAUGAACUCGGUGCUAAAAGAAACCCGAAACCUUCCGAUCACUGCAUUGGUCAAAUCUACGUACUAUUGUUUAGGAUCACUAUUUGGUAGAAGAGGCCAUCAGUGGACAAAAAUGUUAGCCUCUGGGCAGGUUUUCACUGAUAACUGCAACAAGGGGAUGGCUGAGGAAGUCAUCAAAGCUAACACGCACAAUGUCAUGCAGUUCGAUCGAGAGAGAUUUUAUUUCAUGGUUGAAGAGAAGAUUAACCAUAACGACGGUCGACCAACCGGAACGUUCAGCGUUGAUCUGAGGAAACAACACUGUGACUGUGGGAAAUUUCAGGCAUUUCACUUACCUUGCUCCCAUGUAAUCGCAGCAUGUUCGAGCAUACGCCAGGACUAUUCCAUUCACAUUCCAAACGUCUUCAAAAUUCUUAACAUCUUCAAGGUCUAUCAGGAGAGUUUCCUAGGACUUCCCCAUGAGGAGAAUUGA